ACCCAAACUAUAAUUAUUUGGUACACUCUACUCUUCAACCAAACAAGGCAUAAUUGAAGCAACACCAAAAAUGAAGGUAUUUAAUUGGGUUAAUCGGCGAUUUAUGAAUGUUCAGUCGUAUACGGGUUUCCAACAAGAAGAUGUAGCAGAAAGGGGUGGAAGCUCAAAGACAAGAAAUGAGAGGCAUAUAUUGCUAGGGCAUGAUGCUCAUAUGGUAGUGGAUAUGAUCGACCAAUGGAACGAUGGAAUCCUAUCCAUUGGUACUAUUUCAAUUAGUCCAUUAGAGGCUAAUUGUAAGUAUGGUAUCCUCGAUGAAGAAGAUGAUGACGAUGAGAGUGGUAAUGUCCAAGAACACGAUGUUGUUGUUGCUAUAGACAACGACAAUUAUCAUGAUCUUGAAGGUGGUGAUAAUGAAGCGAUUCCAUUGAUGAAUGUGGAGUUCUUUAGCCACGAGUUGGAGAAAGUUAUCGGUGCUAACCAUGAAAUCACCGAGGAAGUUGUUGAUGAUGAUCAUGUUGUUAAUGCGACUGAGAAUAAUAUUGAAGAUCAAACUAAGAGGAGAGUCACUCUUGCUGACCUUUUCUUGGAGGAUUCUGAUUAUCACCCUACGGUCAAAGUACUGAAAGAGUUGGAGGAUGAUGUUGAUGACGCCGGUAAGGACGACGACAUUAACGCCGGAAAAUUAAGCGUUGAGAUGACGACCUUGAAACCUACUUCUCGCUCUAAGUAUGGCAUCUCUAAAGCUAAGAAGCUAAUCAAAGAGGAUUUGCAUCCACUCAAGAAUUUCAACAAGCUUAUGAAAAGGAUGAUGAAGAAGAAGAUUCAUCCGGACAUCGAAGGGAAGAUGCAGAGAGACGUGCAGAUGAAUCCAAUUUGUGGUCUAAGCAACCCUACCAAUGACCAAGAUGCACCCAAUAACGAGUUAGCUUCUUUGCUUCUCAUUCAAGAUGUUGUGGCUUGAGGUGCACAGAAGAUGAUAUGGCAAGGGUUCCAAGAAAGCGAGAUGCGUACUUACGGUUGCAUGUUAAUUAAUCAAGUCUUGUAUCAUAUUUAAUGUAUGAAUUAGGCAUUUGCUUUUUCUUAAAAGGUUUUUUUAAUUUCACGGACUUAUGUAAUGUAUGAAUUAGGCAUUUCCUCAAUCAGGUCUUGUAUUUGUUGUUUAAGGAUGUUUUUAUACUUUGAAAUUUGUUUAUGUUCAAGGGAUAACUUUGCUUUUUAUGAACGAACUUUUAAACAA